AUGGUUCAGAACUCAAAGUUCCAUGGACUAUCUACGGAGGAUCCACUACAGCAUUUGGAUAAGUUUGACAGGGUGUGUGAUCUGACUAAGAUCAAUGGAGUUUCAGAAGAAAACUUCAAGCUAAGGUUUUUUCCCUUCAGCUUGGGAGAUAAAGCUCAUCAGUGGGAGAAGAACUUAAAAAGAGGAUCAAUUCAGACUUGGGAGCAGUGUAAACUAGCCUUCUUAUCUAAGUUUUUCUCCACCUCAAGGACAACCAAGUUGAGGAACCAGAUAUUAAGCUUUACCCAGCACAACAAUGAAAGCAUUGGGGAAGCUGGGAGAGGUUUAGAAGCUACACAAACCAAUGUUCCCAUCAUGGAUUUUCUGAGGCUUCACCCUCUAGCAAACAGAACUGAGGGCUCAAGUAAAGAGCAAAGAAUGGAGAAAGACAUUAGAGAGCUGCAGAGUAAACAUGAUAAAGUGUUAGUGGCAACUCAAAAGCCACUACACUUUGUGGGUGAAUUUGAUGAUCAGUCUCCAAGCUUUGACAAUGUCAAUGAAGAAGGUCUUACCCAAGAGGAGCUGAACUACAUAGGGAAGCAGAACAGGUUUCAAAGGUACAAUAACUUCAACACCAACCAGAACCUGUCCUAUAGAAGCACCAAUGUAGCAAACCCUCAAGACCAAGUCUACCCUCCUCAACAAGGUCAACAGAAAUUUGUUCACAAAAACCAAUUUCAAGGGAACUAUCAGCCCAAGCAGCAUUUUGUACAGCAGCCACAAGGGUAUGGUCAGCAGCAGCCGCAGAUUCAUGAAAAUAACUUCAACAGCCAGCCGCAGCAACACAAGUAUCCACCAACAUUUGGACAACAGCAGCUGAGUCAGCCACAACCGGUUCAGGAACAUCAGAUGGGGUCUGAUUUAUGUGGAGUGUUACAGCAGCUUCUACAAGGUCAACAAAGGGUUGAAAGCAGUUUCUAUGAUUUGGGUUCUAAGUAUGAGACAAUGCAACAAAAGAUCAUUGCAUUAGAGAAGAAUCAAGCCUCUUCCUCAAGACAACAAGGAACUUUACCUGGUAAACCUGAGCCCAACCCAAAAGAGUAUUGUAAUGCCAGAACUCUUAGAAGUGGAAAGGAGUUACCAGAGAGAGAACCUAGACAAGUGCUCAUUGAGGACAAUGAGCAAGUUGGUGGGGAGGCAGCUCAAAGGAUUGAGCAAGAAAAUCAAGUUGCUGAGAAUGAUAAGAGCAAAGAGGUGGAACAAGAUGUGGUGCCUGAGAAACCCUAUGUUCCACCACCAACAUACCAGCCUAUACUUCUAUUUCCAGGGAGGUUUAAGAAGCCGAUCUUAGACAAGGCCAGAGCUAUCUUUGAGAAGCAACUUGAGAAGACUCAAUUCACUACGCCCAUCAUAGAAGCAUUCCUCAUGGUUCCACAGCUUGGGAAGUUAUUAAAGGAUGCCAUUUUGAACAAGACAAAGGAACUACAAGGAAUGGUGAUUCUAAGUCAUGAGUGUAGCGCAAUAAUUAAAAAGAGGACAGUCCCUAGGAAGCUAUCUGACCCAGGGACCUUUACACUGCCAUGA